AUGAUCCCAGUUCAAUGGGUUCUUGUAUGUGUUCUUCAGUUUAUCGUACAACAGGGCUCUCAUCUCAAUAAGUCUGUCGGCCAUGACCUUGACGUCUUUGAGCCAUUGUUGGUAAAUAGCCUCGUCAGAGAGAAUGAUCUCAACCAACUUGGAUCCGUGGGAUGGUGGAGAGGAGUACAAUGGUCUAAUAACCUUCUCGAGCUGGGACUUGACUCUCACAGUCUCUUCUGGACCAGAAGUGAUCAGCGACAAAGAACCAACUCUCUCUCCGUAAAGACCCAUGUUCUUGGCAAAAGAUUGAGAAAGAACAAAGUUGGACAGCUUUCCGUCAGCAACGGCCUUGUUGAACUUGAACAAAAUGCCCAGGUCCUCAAUUGGAGAACCAGAGCCAAAUCCUUGGUAGGCCAUGUCCAAGAAUGGCAACAGCUUCUUCUCAGAGAUCACGUCCAAAAUCUUGUCCCACUGCUCCAACUUUGGAUCAACACCGGUAGGGUUGUGGCAACAAGCGUGGAGAAGAACAACGGUACCUGGCUCGGCAGCGGCCAAGUCGGCGAGCAUUCCUUGCUCGUCCAAUGCGUUAGUCUUGAAAUCGUAAUAUUUGUAUUUUUCAGUGGUGAGACCGGCUUUUUCCAAAAUUGCGACGUGGUUAGCCCAAGUUGGGUUUGGCACAAGAACUUUUUUCGAUGUUGGGUAGAAUGUUCUCACAAACUCUCCCAAAACUCUCAAAGAACCAGUUCCCGAGAUACCUUGCGAGGUGAGAACACGUCCGUCCUUCAAAAGCUGCUUUCCAGCGUCGUCGUGUGA